GGCUAGUCUCGGGAUCAUCGAUACACGUUGUGGGACGUAAAUUACAGUUCUGCAGUGCUAUACUAAACUCGUGCGUAUUUCGAACAAUGAGUCCCAACGAGUUUGUGAGUAAUGAAGUAUCGACGAAAGAAUUAGGAAAGCAGAAGAAUUAUAAGUGGGAGAUCGUUUGGUUCAAUGUCACCUGCUUCACCCUUAUUCACCUCUCGGGUCUUUACGGAGUGUAUCUGAUGCUCUUCCAAGCUAAAUAUGUGACUCUCCUCUGGUACGUCGUUUCCACCAUCUUCAUAAUGAUGGGCGUUACUGCCGGAUGUCAUCGAUUAUGGACCCAUCGGAGUUACAAGGCGAAGUGGCCGAUGAGACUUAUCCUAAUGAUUCUCAACACCGCUGCGUAUCAAGAUACGAUCUAUCAGUGGGCCAGAGACCAUAGAGUGCAUCAUAAAUUCUCCGACACCGACGCGGACCCUCAUAACGCGAACAGAGGAUUUUUCUUUUCCCAUGCUGGUUGGCUUCUAGUUCGUAAGCACCCUGACAUCACCGUGAAAGGCUCCACGAUCGAUUGCAGCGACAUCGCGCAAGAUCCCUUUGUGGCCUUUCAGAAGAAGUGGUACAAAUGGCUGAUGCCGACUUUCUGCUUUAUCAUACCAGCGUUAAUUCCCUAUUGGUUUUGGAACGAGACAUUCUCGUGCGCGUGGUUCGUCAACUUCGCCAGGUAUUGCACAAAUCUCAACACCAGUUGGAUGGUGAAUUCCAUAGGACACAUAUCGGGCACGAAACCAUACGACAAAUCGAUCAGACCUACUGAGAACUAUGGCGUCGCCAUGGCGUCGUUAGGCGAAGGCUGGCACAACUAUCAUCACGCAUUUCCUUGGGACUAUCGAGCAGGGGAGCCUGGGAUUUUUAAAGUCAACAUUACCACGACUUUCAUCAAUUUCUUCAGUUUUCUAGGUCUAGCGUACGACUUAAAAGCCGCGACUCCCGAUAUGAUAAAACUACGUGCCACUCGAUGUGGCGACGGAAGUUAUUAACAAGUCUAAACUAUAUCAUCACGAAGAAAAUUGAGAGAGGCCCUUUGGCAUAAAUUCGCAGUCGGGAGGAGAGGGCAAGAAAUGGAAACGUAGAUCUAAGUGCGAUUUUUUAGAUUGCGAUUUUAUACCAAAGAGCUACUUUCAAUUUUGAUAUCAUACCACGGCGAUAUAAUUCAUAAGUGGUUAUAUUACCGUUAUGUAUGCACAGAGAAAGAUUUGACAUUGCACACGGAGAAAAAUAAUUUGCUGGCCCAUCAAAUUUUCUGCUGGUCUAGCAAAAU